UUCGUUUCCAUUUUUUGUAGCAUUUAUUUUUUAGGGUGUUCCCUGAAUUUAUUUUUAUUUUUUUUACUUGAGCGACGAGGAGAAGUUGGUGCGUAAUGAAGGACUUGAGUCAAUCGGCACCGGCGGGUCUUUUGGUGGCAGACCUGAAGCCUUGGGAAACCUUCGACUGGCCACCGGAGCAGCAGCGUUGGAUCUACCGCAGUUGGGGUCAGUACUUUGCGAGGAUGAGGAAGAACAGCUUUGCCCAGACGUAUUUCGACAAGUGCAUCACGGAGAAUGAGGGUGUGGAUCACAAUGCUCUAUAUCUGCGCAGCAAGUUCAAGAGAUCGGUGGGCCUGACGCAGGGCGCCUUGGAGGAUAGUUUGAGGGCCACGGAGGUGAGGCAGGUGUGGGACGCGAAUGUGUCCAUGGAGCUGGCAGAUGCCCUCUACGAUUUGAAUCGGCUGGAGGAGAACAAGACCCUGCUGCACGACAAUGUCCGUCGGCAUGCGGGCACCGCACUGAAGGGCUUCGAGAAUCGCCUUCUGCUGGUAGAUGAGAAUCUGAAGGAUUGCACGGGCUUCAGCCUGGCGAACUUCUUCAUGGAGCACUCCUCGCAGCUGCCGGGCUUCUAUGAUAACCAGAAGAAUGAGCUGCGAAAGGCCGACACGCGGCCGCUCUGGAAAAUCCUCAAGGAGCGAAAAGAGUGUGAUGUCCAGAGCAGAAUCGAUCUCAAGGAGGAGAUGCUCUCCCCCCUGGAAACCGAGCGUAGGCGUCGCAAGACCAAGAUCUUUUAUCAAAACUAUCUGGGUCGCAAUUGGACCGAUUUCAUCUUUCUGAAAACACUUCGCCGGCAUCCCAACUGCCUUCUGGACAAUAAUUUCGGCUCCUCGCCGGACCGCACCAAGUAUCUGGAGUAUUCGUUCCGGCGCCUGAAGACCUUCACACGGAUGCUCCAGGCAAGGAGACCCAUGUAUAAUGAGUACUUUCAGCGCAAUUUCCGCGUAGAAGCUCGCAUGCGGGACGCCAACUUGUUCAGGAUUCAGUACCAGACCAGGCGCAACAUGCUGAGCAUCCUGCGGACCAUUAAGUUGCUGAGGAGAAGGAAUGACAUCAAGCGGCUGCGCAAGUUCGUCGAGGAUGUGAUGGGCAACUACGUGGUCAUCAAGACCAACCGGCUGAUGCCCUGGAAGGCGGAGUUCAUGAACGAGGUGUACAACAACCUGGCCCUCAGCUUGUGCGAGGGAUACCGCCUGCCGGCCACGCGGGUCACGCCCUACGACAAGGGCGCCAUGUGCCAGCUGCUCAACAUACAGGUGGCCAAGCCCCUGGAGCACACGGAGUUCAUCUUCGGGGAUCGGUCCACCUACUCCUAUGCCGGCCUCGACAAGCAGAGCACCGAUCGAUUGGCAGACCAAAACCACGUGGAGUAUCUGGAGAAACGGCUGCUCUUCGCCCGCCUGCCGAUUGAAAGGAGCUACUUGCUCCACGAGCUGGCCGAUCUGCACAUGCAGAAGAAUCACUUUGUGCAGAGCCUGUCCUACGCCCAGAAGUCCAUCGAGGAGGCCAGGGUAUGCAAUAGUCGGAUCUGGGAGUUCCUCAGCACCAUGCUGAUGGCCAAGUCGCACGCCGUGCUCCACAAGUACGAGCGCCAAACGGAGGUGCUCAAUUCCGCCUACAAUCUGGCCACCCAGCUCAAGUCGCCCCAACUGUGCACCUUCAUCGAACUGUGCCGCAUGCUGAACAAGGACUACAUCACGCUACGCAAGAUGUCCCAACUGGUGACCACCAAACGACUGCGCACGAAAAUCUCCAACAGGUCCAGUUUUUUCAGCUCACCCACCUAUUCGCCCAACUAUUUGGAUAUCAAAAAGGAAGAGGAUGGUUCUUUGCCCGCCUAAGUCGACGGAUUGGAUGGAAGGCACUGCUUUUAGGUAGUGCUUAAAGGCAGAUCCUUCUAUUCGAACCGUCGGCUUUGGCAAGGCCAAGUGGCAGCCACCAAGUCUAGUUCCUCCCAGAAAUCUUAAAGAUACAUCCUAAACUAGAUGACAGACCUUCUUUGUACAUUACAUAAUGUAACUAAAUCAUAAAAAUGCAAUGAAAAAACCAAAUCCUACAAAUAUAUCUAAAGUUAAGCGUACUAAUCCUAAUUGUUUUGUUAUUGUAAUGACACUAU